AUGCACACAAUCUCCCCAAUCACCACCGCCUCCCAUGCCCAUAACAACAACCACCAACUAGCACCGCCGCCUGCGCCUCCCCCACCACCACCACCGCCCACCGCUCCUCUCCCCACCAUGGAGGAGCGGCUGCCGCCACCACCGCCCGAACCCCCCAAAUCCCCACCGGCUGCCACCGCCACCACCGAUGAUCUUGCCACCUACGUCGUCCACGUCCCCCGGGACCAAAUCUACCGCGUCCCCCCGCCAGAGCACGCCCGAAUAAUCGAGCUCCACCACAACCGCGCCGCUGCCGGACGCCCGGCCGGCGCACGCCGGAGAACCCUCUGCUGGGCCGCCGCCGUCCCCAUCACCCUUAUCAUCGCCGCCGUCGUGGCCAUCCUCGCCCUCCGCGCCACCCUCUACCGCCCCUCGCCGCCCAGUUUUGCCGUGGUGGGACUCCGGGCCAAGAACCUCGCCGGGCCCUCAAAAGCCCGGACCCGACCCGAAUUCGACGUGAUCCUGCGGGCCGCCGGGAGCCCGAACCCGAGGCUUUCGGUUUCAUACAAGGGCGGGCUGAACGGGUCGGCGGCCCUGACCUUUCUGGGCCACAAGAUCGGUCUGGGGAAGGUCCGGGAUCCCAGUGGGGCCCACGUCGAGCUCCCGGUGGUUCUGGCCGGGAGCCAGACGGGCCUUACGCGGGAGGUCGAGAAGGGGCUUACCGACGGGUCGAAGGAGAAGCGGAUGGCGCUGAAGGCCGAGGUGGCGAUGGAGAUCGGGAGCUGGGUGAGGAACGAGAAGAGGAACGUCAAAAUCUCGUGCGAUUUUAGGGUGAAAAACUCGCUCGCGAGCGGGCCGGCCAAAAUAACGUAUCAGCUGUGCGAAACCGAGUUUUGA